AUGGCUAGGACUAAGCAGACAGCACGUAAAUCCACCGGAGGCAAAGCCCCCAGGAAGCAGCUGGCAACCAAGGCUGCUCGCAAGAGCGCCCCGGCCACCGGUGGCGUCAAAAAACCACAUCGUUAUAGGCCCGGUACCGUGGCACUUCGAGAGAUCCGUCGUUACCAGAAGUCCACCGAGCUGCUCAUUCGUAAGCUGCCCUUCCAGCGUCUGGUCAGGGAGAUCGCCCAGGACUUCAAAACCGAUCUGCGCUUCCAGAGCUCCGCAGUGAUGGCUCUGCAAGAGGCUAGCGAGGCGUACCUGGUUGGCCUGUUCGAGGACACCAACCUUUGCGCUAUCCACGCCAAGCGGGUCACCAUCAUGCCUAAAGACAUCCAACUGGCGCGUCGUAUCCGCGGCGAGCGAGCUUAA